AUGGUUGACGAUCUACGAAAAUAUUUAAAUCAUCUAUUGGAAAAGGUGAACGGUCUUCACUGUAUAUUAAUAACGGAUCGUGAUGGCGUACCAGUUGUGCGUGCAGUGACUGAGAGAGCACCACAAUUGGCUCUUAGGCCCAACUUUAUAUCUACAUUUGGUAUGGCUACAGAUCAAGCAAGCAAACUAGGUUUAGGCAGAAAUAAAACUAUUAUUUCUAUGUACUCUAGUUAUCAGGUGAUUCAAAUGAACAAGCUGCCAUUAAUCAUUACAUUUAUUGGGAGUGACAACUGUAACACUGGCCAUAUAUUAUCGUUGGAGAGUCAAAUAGAGCCAUUCUUAAAGGAUCUAGCAGCAGUGGUGGCAGAUGCGCCAUAG